UGUGCCGUAGGAGAAGUUGUUGAGCGAAUCUGAAACCAUCUCGAUAUAUUAGCGUUCUUCAAAUGCGACAUGAUAACGUUAACGUACUUAAACAAGUGACCCGGAACUUAAACCAGAGCCGUGCAAAUGCCGAAAUUAGUCUUUUACACCAAGCUACGGUUGGAGCACGCUUUUUAGUUUUCAAGUGAAUUGUGAAAAUCUUAAAGUUUACUUGAAAAAAAAAUAAUGAUCUUCAUAUGAGUAAAAUAAUAAUCUUCAUACCUAUGUGCAUUUAUCUGCGAAAUUUGACGAAGAUACGUUCAUAUUGGGACUUUUAGCAGACCGCUUCACGUUUAAAUCUUUGGGACAUUUAUUUCUCCCAAAGUCCAACCGGAUGCUGCGCACACAAGCGGUUUUCCCGCUAAUGAUGUUAGCUGCCCGAAGCGUAAACUGUUUUAACGCCAGGCUAUACAGAUACAAAAUCACAAACCAUUGGGACUUACGAUUCAAAAAAAACGACUGGAGUGUAAAAGCCAAAAAUCCUUUCGAAAUACUCGUUUGUAAAGUUGCUGUCAUAUCAACUUAAAUUCUACGUAGUCAUACCACUAAUUCAUGCCACUGAGUCAUGCCACUGAUUCUUCGGGAAUCCAGUUGGGAUCAGAACGAUUCGCACGUCUUCGUCACCAUCGUCUUCAACCAUGUCAACCCAAAAUCCGCAGAUAUUUUCACCUCGCCGAAGUAUGUGAAGGUCUCUCUGUCCCCGUAUUUUUACGAACUCUACUUGUUCGCCGAGAUCGAUGACUUGCGCAGCAUCGCCGAAAUUUCCUCCAACCAGAUCGUCUUACGCUUACCCAAAGCCCGAUCCCAACGGUGGGAAUCACUGCGACAUGAGAAAUCUAAUGAUCCUGAGAUUAUGCGACAAGUUCGUGCAGAAGCGAUGGAGUACGCUGCUGCGCGUCUCACUGCCGAGGCCGCAGGCAGAAAAGAAGCGAAACGGGAGAAACAAGGAUUUGCCGUUACGGAACACACUGCCGUCGAGACUUCACGGAAGGCGCUUCUCCAAAAAGCAAAAGACGAAGAAAAAACCAAGACCUUACAAUCGUACUCGUUUUCCGAUGAGCCAGGAAGCGAUUCUACAGUAAGAGCCCCACCCAACGAAACAGACGAGCUCUCCGACGAAGAAACCGAGCAGGAACUUCUUCGCGAACUCGGAUUGCUCGAAGACCCUGUCAACGCCAAAGACCCUACAAAAUCCGAAGUUCCCAGUGAAGCCUUUCAAGAGCUUUUACAGAAGAUCGCUGCAGUUGAUUCCCGUCGUCCGACAAAAAAGACAGCAAAGGUCACCAGUCUCCCAGACGUCCGCUCCGCGGGUACCAUCACGUUUACGCCCACCGAGCGCGUCUUCCCGACACCGCGCCGAGAAUCCAAAAUCGCCGAAGAGGAAGAGUGGCUGAAAAAGCAGGCAUCGUACAAAACGCUGCUCAACAGCGAGACCACAGGUCUGAAACUCAGUCCCGCUGAGCGCGACCCCGUCUUGCUGAAAAGCAAAGCCGACAGUUUUCUCCAAUCCAGAGACUACGAUUCUGCGUUAUCGUGCUAUGGAUUGGCGGUGUAUCUCGGGUGUAAAUUACCGGAGAUUUUUUUAAAUCGUGGGUUGUGCCAUCUACUGCGUGGGAAUCUCCAUAAAGUCCUGGAAGAUAUGGAGAAAGCGUUGGAGUAUCUGGAUCCGCCGGUGGAAGAGAACCGGCGUCAGCGGAUGGUGGCGUACUGGCGGCGCGGCAUUGCGUUCUUCGGACUGAAGUUGUAUACUGAAAGUCUAAUCGAGCUCAGUGGUGCGCUGAAUCAAGGGGAGGUAUCCGAAUUAGAGAAGGCCGCGCAGAAAGUGCGACAUGUUGUGGAAAGCGGCGAAGAAGUGCACGAAUACAGUUGGAUGAUGGUGGAAACCGUUUCACACCCGGAUUAGGCUCAUACGCUUAUCGAUCUGGCCCUUUUUGUCACCUCUGUUUGGGCUCUAGCUGCAAACCAGCUGAGCGUUUCCCAGCAUUGUGAAAAGUCAUUUCAUAGCUGACCUUUAUGUAUCUCUUAUGGAAGAAGGGAUGCUUGUUGGCCGGUCAGCGCCACGACCUACUAAGUGGAUUUAGUGGCAGGGUUGACUGACGGCAUGGCCUAACGGAACUGUGCGAAGGAUGCCAGCUGAGCGUGUUGCGUAAAAUGAUGUUAUGUUAUUACUGUAGAUAUGACUUGUUUUUGGUUUUGUUUUAUUGGCCUUGUUAUUUUAUUGGCACAAAAUGCAGUAUACCAGCUGUAUUUAACACAAUUCCCAUAUGUCGCUGUUGUGGAAAAACACCACGCGGACCAGUUGUAAAGCAGUCCACAAUGAUAUGCCUUGCAAAAUA